GCGAAUCCACGUGCUUGAUACGAUGUUAGGUGACAGUCGGAUUUCUAGUAAACUAGUGGAGCUUGUGUGAUAUUUAGCCCUUUUUAUUUGAUUGAUUAUAGAGUUUUGAGUUGAUCAUGCAGCUUUGUGUAGUUUGUAACGAACUUGUUCCUAAAUACAAAUGUCCUGCCUGCAGAAUCAGAUAUUGUUCAGUGAACUGCUUUAAGAAACACAAAGCUGGUGAUUCAUGUCAUCCAAAUAAAGAAACACGUCCAGCCUCCAUCACCCCAACACCUGUGUGCAGUGCUGACCAGCCCUGGACUGUUAAUGAUCUACUUGAUGAGGACAGCCAGAGUGACAGUGUAGCCUUAGAGAAACUUCAGAAACUAGGUGAUUCAGAGGCACUCAAGUGUUUGUUGCUAAAUCCACAUCUCAGACAGUUAAUAACAUCAGUGGAUUCAGCUGAAAAUAAAGACAAGGCCGUGAAGGAUGCCAUGCAGGAACCACUGUUUACAGAGUUUGCUGACCAGUGCUUGAAAAUGAUUGAACCAAAAGAAACAGAACAUUAUCAUGAUGAUGAUAAUGAUGAAUGAUGCUCACUGGUCACGUAUGGAUUGUUUCAAUGUAAACGUGGACUAACUGACACGUUUCAAGUUCAAAUACCUCCUGUUGUUUUUUGUUUUAUAUGUAACAUUAAAUCAAGUCGGUGAUUAGAUUUCUUUCUGCACAUUUAGAAUACUAUCCGAUUUGUUUAAAUCAGAAACUGGGACUGGAGAACAUGUUGACAAUAUUUUUAUUUUCCGUAACAAACACAACUUAUAUAUUGGUUUAUUGAAGCUGUACCUAAACUAAGGGCUUUCGUCAUUAAUGCCCUGAGAAAAGAACUGUAUAAUGGUAGAUUUGGUUGUAACUGCAUAUUUUGCAUAUCAUUAAACAUUUGAUAACAAAAAAGUAAGAUUUUUGUGUUAACAACAUGAGAUAUUUACCAGUACAAACUGACAAAAACCAGGAACUAUGAAUACGCCAAAACAAUUGGUUGCAAGCUCAACUGCAAAGCUUCCCAUUGUUUAACCAUGUAGUGUUAUACUUUACAUUAGUGAUUGCACAGAAUACAAAUAAACGGUACAAUGUACUGGAUAUAAAACAGUGGUCAUACACAAUAAGGCCUAAUCUGUCAUUUAACAAGAUGUCUACGUCACUUUAUGUUUUAUAUUAAAUUCAGUUAAAAGUGUUUUAAUAAUGCCCAAAUUCGGCAUUUAUAAGCAGCACAUUAAAUUAACAAAAAAAUAAUAAUACUCAAGGAUAUCUACAAAUCAUUUUUUCAGUUGUGCAAGAAAUGUAGUUACUGAUCAUUUAUAGGUUAACCUGCCUCCCAUCAUGGAAUAAAAGUAUUUCAUAUAUUUACAC